AUGAUCCUAAGAGCCUCUAUAGCUGUACAGCUUGUGUUUUUUGGUGUCGGUCAGACUCCCUUGUCAAAACCGGCUUAUUCUGACAACGGCUACUUCUCCUUCCUGAGCUCAGACACACAGAGGAUCCUCCACAGGAUAGACGACCGCGAAGCUUCCAUGAAGAAGAAACGCACAAAUACAGGCUCACGGGCACCUUCCCGAGAUGAUCUGACCUCCACCUACACAGAACUGAACAUUCGGAAAGUCGAAAGCCUCAGCAAUAGACAAGCAGAUGGACUGGACCCCACCUACUCUCAGCUGAACCUUCGCCAAAAUGAAGUUCUCAUCCCGAAGAAAGAAGAUCCUCCUCUUGCGUCGGGACGAGGAAGUCAGGCAGCUGCGCAUGAACAACAGUCGAAAGUGAAGAUCGGAAAUAGACCGUUCCUUCUGAUCUGCCUACUCUGCCUAGUUACAGCUGCCCUCAUUGUGACAGUGGCCGGUCUCUCGAUCCAUGUAUCGCAGAUACGUCAGUCUCUUAAACGAAUGCAGAGCGAUCCCAGUCACCAGUUCGCUGAGAUGGAAACGAAGUACAGAUCUGUCAACGAAACCAAGGCUCAAAUCUGUGAAUUGUUGACCAGCAGAAGAGAGCAAUACUGUUCCGAGAAUUGGAUCAGGAAUAAUAACCGGUGUUAUUACGUCUCCACGCUUCAAACAGAUUUCUCCAGAGCGAUACAAGAAUGUUCAUGCCGUGAUUCAAGUCUGCUGGAAAUCAUUUCAAGGGAUGAAGCGAGCUUUGUAUCCAACAAUAUUGUGUCCAAGAACCUUGAGUACUGGAUUGGAAAAUGCGAAGACGGGAAUGUGGGCUCCGGUUUCCUGAAAAAGGUGAACGCCUCUGGAGCGCUCCCUUGCAGACAGUGUGAUCUGACUUCAGAAGUAGGACGGUGGGAGAACCGCAGUGUCUCUGACGACUUCACCUGUGAGAAGUUCAUCCUGAUGCAGCUUCACAGAAUCGGCGUUAAGGGAAUGGAACUGGAACUGGAUGAACUCGGAAUUAUUCGGGAAGCUGUGGGGGAUGAUGCCACUGGUCUGCUGUACAAUGUGUCCUCCGGAAGUACUGUACUAAAGGCCGAUGAGCUCAGGGCAGGGGUAAACGGCUGUAAUUAUGAUACUAUGCACAAUAGUGAGACGCAGUUGCAAAGCGAGCAGGAGCGUCAGCUGAACAUUCCCGUUUUCGGUUGUAUUCGUCGUGAAGAAGCGGGAAGUAUUGAAAGUUGA